AUGGAUUACAGAGGUCUGAAUGCCAUCUCGGUCACGAGCACUUACCCCCUCCCCUUAAUAAAGGAUCUCCUGGCUGAGGCAGUGAAAGGAAAAGUUUUUUCCAAACUGGAUCUGAGGGAUGCAUACUUCCAGGUGCACAUAAGGAAGGGGGAUGAGUAUAAGACUGCUUUCAACACCCCGCUGGGGCAGUUUGAAUAUCGAGUCAUGCUGUUUGGUCCUCCGGGGGCCCCUGGGGUGUUCAUGAACCUUAUCAAUGAAGUGCUGCACAAGCACCUGUUCAGGGGUGCCCUUGUUUACUUGCAUGAUGCCUUACUGUAUUCCCCAGAUGAACAAUCACACAUUAAACUGGUGAGGGAAGUACUUCAGAUUCUUUACAAACAUAAGCUGUUUGCCAAGCUGUCCAAAUAUGAAUUCCACAAGGAGGAAAUAGACUUUCUGGGCUACCGCAUAUUUCCCAGGGGUUUGGAGAUGGACCCAGCGAAAGUGUGGGAUGUCUUGGGGUAG